CUAGUAUUCAUUGGGCUGUGUUUAUGAUUGACAUGUACUGGAGCCAAUCAUUUUCCAGGGAGCUGUCAGUGGAAUUUCAAACCUCAGGAAAACGGAAACUUUCCAAAGUACCGGUAUCAGUCAGUCUGUCUGUCUGUUGGUUAGUCGUAGCCUCGGUCCUGGAGAGGCAGUUAAUGGUUGGGAAAUGUAGGAGAGGUUUAAGUUUAAUCAUGUUUGGUGUUAUUUAACCACGACUAAGUUAGCCCGGAGGACGGGUUCUCUUUAAGAUAGGUAACUUAGUCACUUAACAAAUAAACCGAAACCUGCUGCUUGACGCUUUUCCUCCCUCACACAGGAGAGAGAGAGAGAGAGAGAGAGAGAGAGACAGACAGACAGACAUGGCGGGUGUAAUACUUCAGCCCAGCUGCUUGCGGGGACUGCCUGAGGGCGACUUGCUUGACCCGGUGUUCCAGCAGCGGCUAGAAGACGCCCGUGGUCUGCUCAGGCAGGAGAUCCAGCGGGAACUGAAGAUCAAAGAGGCAGCAGAGCGGAUGCGCCGUGCUGUCACCAACAAGAAGAGCGCAGCUGACGUGGAGGGCCAACUACGCGCCUCCACUCGCAAGCUGGAGCAGCUUCACUGGGAGCUUCAGGAGCUGAAUGCCCACGCCAUGGCUACAGAGAGAGAGACCACCACAGAUGCUGCCAUUUCUCCAGACCCAUGCCACUGGGAGGACUCCACGUCACCUCUGGGCAAUCGCAUCCGCACCCUGAGGAAGCAGCUCAACAUGGAGCUGAAGGUGAAGCAAGGAGCCGAGAACAUCAUCCAGACGUAUGCCAGCAGUUCAGUCAAGGACCGAAAGAUGCUGUCCACAGCCCAGCAGAUGCUGCAGGAUAGUAGGACCAAGAUCGAGCUUCUGCGCAUGCAGAUUGUUAAAGUAACUCAGGCCAGAGAGGGCGAGCGCGAGGCCUCAGAAACAGACGGUCGGCCUUCAGAGACCAUCAGCCCCCUGGAGCUGAGAAUGGAAGAGCUUCGGCACCACCUGAGGAUCGAGGCUGCAGUGGCUGAAGGGGCCAAGAACGUGGUGAGGCAGCUUGGAGGCCGCCGAAUGCAAGAUCGCCGCGCGUUGGCUGAGGCUCAAGCUCGUCUGCAGGAGUCCUCUCAGAAGCUCGAUCUUCUGCGUCUCUCUCUGGAGCGGAGGCUCGUGGAGCUUCCUCCAGAUCACCCCAAACUGUCCGACAUUAAAGAGGAGUUGACUGUGGGAACCUCACCCAACCUGAACAUGCAGAGGGACUGCCAGCGCUCUUCGUCAUCUGCCUCCUCAUCUUCGUUCUUCAAACCUGCCAGCCUUACAGGUCGGCUGGAAGUCAGAUUAAUGGGCUGUCAGGAUCUGUUAGAAUCUGUGCCAGGCCGCUGUCGCGUGGCUUGUGCUUCCUCCUCCCCCAGCAGCCCCUCUGAAGCCAAGUCCCUGAGAAUGAGGACCGGCCUGUCCACACGCAGCACCAAUGGCAAGAUGGCCAAAACCGACGAACUGUCCACGGAAAUCAGUGCGGUGUUGAAAGUAGAUAACCGGAUGGUGGGUCGAACACACUGGCGGCCUGUGGGCAAAGAAGCCUGGGACCAAAGCUUCAGCAUCGAACUGGAGAGGUCUCGGGAGCUGGAGAUCGGUGUGUAUUGGCGAGAUUGGAGAGCUUUGUGUGCCGUGAAGUUCCUACGGCUAGAGGAUUUUCUGGAUAACCAGCGGCAUGGCAUGUGCCUUUACCUGGAACCACAAGGCACACUGUUCACUGAGGUGAGAUUCAUCAACCCUGUCAUUGAGCGGCAUCCGAAGCUACAGCGACAGAAGCGUAUAUUCCCAAAAGAGAAAGGUAAAAACUUCUUACGGGCAGCGCAAAUGAACAUGAACUUCGCCACGUGGGGCCGUCUGAUGAUGAGCGUGUUGCCGCCGUGCAGCAGCACCAUUACAGCUAUGAGCCCCCCACUGGCCUCCACUGACAUGUCCUCUCCACCCCAAGACUCUGAUCUCACCUCCCCUCCAUCUGCAGAAAAAACCUCCACAUCCACCCCUCCUCCAUCAGGAGACUCGGCAAUCGUCAAACUGAAUUUCAGCGAGGAGCGUCCUCCCAAACCCCCUCGUCUCUACCUGUCGAAGGCAGAGACCCCUGUGUCUGUGAACUUGAAGGGUAACCAAGCUGAAGAUUGUAGAGGCAGAGCUGUGCUGAAGCCCAUUCCGAAGCAAACACAUGAGCUGCAAAUGGAUGAUUUCAUCUGUAUCUCUGUCCUUGGUAGAGGCCACUUUGGAAAGGUGCUGCUAGCAGAGUAUAAGAGCACAGGGAAGCUGUAUGCCAUCAAAGCCUUGAAGAAAGGAGACGUGGUGACCCGUGAUGAAGUAGACAGUCUGAUGUGUGAGAAGAGGAUUUUUGAGACCAUUAAUGCAUCCAGUCACCCGUUUCUUGUCAACCUUCAUGGCUGCUUCCAGACAUGUGACCAUGUGUGCUUCGUAAUGGAGUACUCACCUGGAGGUGACCUGAUGACCCACAUACACACCAGCAUCUUCAGUGAACGCCAGGCCCGAUUUUAUGCUGCCUGUGUACUCCUGGGUCUUGAGUUUCUGCACCUGAACAAAAUUGUUUACCGGGACCUGAAACUGGACAAUCUUUUAAUGGAUGCUGACGGCUUUGUGAGAAUAGCGGAUUUUGGACUUUGCAAAGAAGGAAUGGGACACGGUGACCGUACGUCCACCUUCUGUGGAACUCCAGAAUUCUUGGCCCCUGAGGUUUUAACAGACAGCAAUUAUACCCGUGCUGUGGACUGGUGGGGUCUCGGUGUGCUCAUCUAUGAAAUGCUAGUGGGAGAGUCUCCUUUCCCAGGUGAUGAUGAGGAGGAAGUAUUUGACAGCAUAGUGAACGAUGAAGUGCGUUACCCCAGGUUCCUCUCCCCAGAGUCAGUCUCGAUCAUUCAGAAGCUGUUGCAGAAAAGCCCAGAAAAACGGCUCGGGGCUGGAGAGCAGGACGCUAACGAGGUGAAAAGGCACAGGUUCUUUCAGGGAGUGGACUGGGAAGCCUUGCUAGCCAAGCGAGUGAAGCCUCCGUUCCUGCCGAGCAUCAAAGCCCCGGGUGACGUGAGCAACUUUGACGAAGAGUUCACGCGCCUAAAGCCCGUGCUUACCCCUCCAAACACACCCUUCUUCCUCACAGCCGAGCAGCAGGAGAUCUUCGCAGAUUUCGACUUCUCCUCACUUCACUGACCGUCUGAGACUUGAUGGAUAAGGGGAACGUGACCCAUCAAGGCUCUGUCCUUAUCCUGCCUGAGCCCUUUCUUUUGUCUUUCUCUCUACCUAUGCAGUUGAACCAAGUGAAGCUGAUUCACUGUCACAAGGCUGUGCGCUUUUCUGCUACUGGCUGCACUAGUGUGCUUAAGCUACAUCGGAGUUUCUUCUCAUGAAAGAAAGCUACAGCGUUGCUGCGACUCGCUGCCUCCAAAAUGAAAGAGAACCUGUCAUCACUGUGAGCUAAGCGUUUUCCUGUCCUGCAAUGCCUUGUUACUGAUUGUGCGUUGCCUGCUAUUAUAGUAGAACCAUCAUGUUGAGUCACUAUUUUACUUUUAGCCUCCACAAAAAGUGCUCAUGUGCCUGCAGGUUUUCUUUCCAACCAGUUCGGCGCUGCACCAGUUGAUCAACUGUUUGGUGUGGAUCCUUCAUGGUUGGUAUGAAAACCUGAGCUCUGGAGCCUCGUCCUGUCUGCAAACAUGACCACAGUUUUGUUAAAAUGAAGCUACCAGUCAUUUGCUUGUUAGAUUUAACUAAGUUCGUUAUAGAUUCUGCAGUCUGUGUAGUUGAAGGUCUUCCAGCUUAGAGUUGUAGAGGUUUGAUGUACUCUGGCGCUGAAAAUGAAAUGUUGCUCAUGGGUUUUUUUUUUUAAAGGAUUUACACCUGAAGGAAGCUUUGUAUGUAUAAGCACCAGAGGUUGGAAAACAGCUAUGAUUUGAUGACAGUGCUUCAAAAAGGUAAAUUUAAUCUAACCACAUCUGUCUGUAGCGUACGUGAGCUUUACCACAGACAACAGAUUUUUCCGUACUUUUAAUUGGCGGGAUCGUGACCUAGCAGGCAGCGUUGCCUCCCCACAGCUCCAGGGUCAUGGAGGUUUGCAAGUAAGUGGAUUGGCUAGGCUGAGCUUAAGUCUGGGUCCACAGCAACCCUGAUCAGGAUGAAAGUAUGGAAGUAUAAGAACAUCUGUAUAACGCUAAUGAAAAUGAUUGCUGAAAGGAUUAAUUAUACUGACUUGGAAUUUUAAUUUCCAAAUACCUUUUAACUGAAAGUUGUAUGAAAUGUUCUACAUUAAUAUUGACCGAAUUCAACAACUGCUCAGAGACUUUUCUCAGCACACAAACAUCAAUUCUUGUCUGUAGUAAUGUCACGCAUGUUACAGAUGGUGGAUGAAAUCUGUCAGAGAAUCAGUUGUGAAAAUAGCAACUUGAUUGAAUUUAAACUCUCUUGUGUGCUUGCACAUCCUGAUUAUCAUGAGGUUUAAAAAGGUACAAUAGGUUUUGUUUUGGCUGCCAUUACUUGCACACUGGAAUCCAAAAGUAAUCUUUUCCAGACUACAAUUUAAAUAACCACGACUUAACACACCGUAGUAUUAAAUAUUUAAUUAAGCACACUUAUAUAUUGUACCUUUAGGCUGAUGAAAUCUAAUUAUGCUCAGUCCAUUGACUCAGUGUGUGUGUCUCUCUAGAGUAUUUACACUGUUUUAUUUCACGCGUCUAAUGUGUUUGUGGCCCCUCAGCAUCUGAAACAAGCCCUGUAUCAUGUUGUACUGUAAGCAUCCUCUAGUGCAUUUGUCUAUAUUUGCGUUACGUUUUUGCUGUUUUGACGCAGAAGUAAUGGUUUACUACUGAAGUGAUACUGUGAGCAGGAACACUAAAGUAUACAAGUGACUUUCCCUUUAUACAUGCCAAAUGAAGAAAAAAAAAGUCCAGACAAAAUGGAAGGGGAUGAAUGUAUUUUCACAAAUAAAAUACAAUAUGACUUCAUUUGUUCAAUUUAUUGAAUACUGCCACUGUGACUCGGUACAUCAUUGCAUGUCAGAAAAACAUUGCAUAAGCAACUUGAAUCGAAGCAAAGUCUAUUGGAUUUCAGCACAAAUACUGAAACAGUCAAGUGCAAAUUCAUUGGAAGUGACUUUAAGAGGAGAAUUAGUUAUUGCUUGUUCCUUUCCAGGCUUUAAAAUAUUGCACAGAAGACAUUCUAAUGGUUUGUUCUAUAAAGGAGAAACAGUACAGUGUUGCAACCAUUCAACAAAUAUUACAAAAAUCGUUUAAAAACUAAGUGUUCUAAACCAUACACAUGCGCACUUUUUUUUUUUGAAUUGCUUGAU